AACAUAAGAAAACGAAAAGAACUCCCACUGUUAUCAGACUGACGUCACGAAAAUGUGUGUUGUUUUCGUAGCCACGUUUGCUAAUUUCUCGUGUGUUUCUUCGAGAAGUUGGAAGUAUAAAAUAAGACUGCGAAAUGCCUGCCCCUUCAAGUGCAACAUCAGUUGGUGCUGGUAGUAGAUCGCCAAAAUCAAUGGCACCCCGAGCUGGCUCUGGGUCUACUGUAAAACAAAGGAAAACUGGUGGUGCGAGUGCCAGCAGCAGAACUAGAACAUCUGGUGCAAACAGUGGUGGAAUGUGGAGGUUUUAUACUGAUGAUUCACCAGGAAUUAAAGUUGGUCCUGUACCUGUUUUGGUCAUGAGCUUGCUGUUCAUUGCAUCUGUUUUUAUGCUUCAUAUAUGGGGAAAAUAUACAAGAGCAUAAGAAGCUGGAAGAAAUUUUAUACUGAAUGUUCAUCACAAUCCAAUAAAUUUCAUUCCAAGGACUGUGUUCAUAAAAAAAUGCAUUAUGCUGCUGUCUUGUUAUUGUGACCAUUCAAUAAAGCAUUAAAAGUUUCUAUUAUUUUUCGUCUUUACAAUUUGGUUAAAAUUUAUUAUUUUUAUGAAAAUGUAAAAAUAUCAUUUGAGCAUGGCAAUUUUUGCAUGAGUAUCAUGAAUUACUGAAGUUAAAAAAGAGUCUAUAGCAUUCUUAGACAAGCUAUUGUAAAUCCCCCAUUGCUCUACACAAUGAAGAUAUGGCUUUGGGUUCAUUAAAUUGUAAUAAGAAACCACAAAUAUAUAUGUUUUAACUUAAAUAAAGUUUAUUAUUCUGUA